CUCUUGUUCAUAGCAACUAUCCGCCGGUUGUAUUGAGCAGCAUCAGACAAGGGAUAACCUAAUGAUGGAAGAAUUUGAAGACGGCGACACUCCUUCUGCUGAGGAUCUGGUUAUGUGCAACACCUGUAAAAGAUCCUUCUUCCCCAAAGUCUUGGAUAAACAUGCUAAAAUCUGUCAAAAGUCUGCUAGCAAAAGGAGGAAGGUGUUUGACUCCAGUAGACAGAGAGCUGAAGGCACAGACAUUUCCACACUCAAACCCAUCAAACCAAAGUCACAAAGUUCAUCUUCUACUGAGAAAGUAAGCACAGCCCCUAAGAAGCCAUCCAACUGGCGCAAGAAGCACGAUGAUUUCAUCGCCACAAUCAGGGCCGCUAAAGCGAUCAGUCAGGUCAUGAAGGAUGGGGGACCUUUACCUCCACCUCCUCCUCCUACUUAUGACCCAGACUAUAUCCAGUGCCCUUACUGUCAGCGAAGGUUCAAUGAGAGUGCAGCUGACAGACACAUCAAGUUCUGCCAGGAACAGGCUGCCCGUAUGCCCAACAAGAGCAAGUUAGGAGAUGUCAAGAAACCUCCAGCUCGCACACAGUACAAGCCUCCUGCCACUGUGAAGAAGGCCAGCACUCCUCCUGUAUCCACCAUCCCUUCUGCCUCCUCUCGUUUACCCCAGAGGUCUGGACCAGGACAGGCCACGGGUAUCCCCUCUGGUAAGGCCUAUUCUGCAGGUUCAGUGAGGAGUAAUCCCUCUGGCAUCACAAGUCCACCAUCAGGUGUGGGAAGUAAACCCAGAGUGACAAGCUCUGGCUAUGGCUCUGUAAGGAAUACUCAAUCUGGAUUCAACAAGAAGAAGGUUGACUCCUACAUAUCUAGGGAUGAUGAUGUUGAUGGCGCAAACGAAGUUGGCAACGGUGGAGUGAAAAGCAAGUUCUGUCACGCUUGUGGGACAAAGUACCCUGUUGAAUCUGCCAAAUUCUGCUGUGAGUGUGGAGUCAGGAGGAUGUGCAUCUGAUGGAAGUCGGGGGGAAAAAAAUAAAAAUAGAAGAGCAGAGGAAAGUCUGAAUGCACUGGUACUUAAAACUAACAUCAGAGUUUCACCAAAGCUACACUGCAAGGCCAGAAGAA